ACAAAGAGGGAAACCGACCGGGCCCGUGUCCAGAGACCCUGACCCAAACGGCAAGACUCGGGCUCGGCUGUCGGCUCCCACCACUCGCUCGAACGAGGGGAGUCCUCGUUCCUCCCCCAAGGCCACAAAACCCUUCCUCCCGCCGCCGCCGCCGCCCGCCCGCCUAAACCGUUCCUCCCGCCGCCGCGACGACCGCCCGCCCGCCGCGCGCAGGCCAUGGCGCCCAUCGCCACACCCAUCCGCGACCUACUCACAUCCUUCAGCCCCGCCGCGGACUUCCUCGCGCUCUCCUCCGGGGACGGGCGCAUCAAGGUAUGGGACGCAGUGCGCGGCCGCCUGCAGACCGAGUUCGCCGACAUCCCAGCGGUGGAGGUCGGCGCGCUCGCCGAGGCGAGGCGCGGCCACCUCGCCCUCGAUUACACCUGCAUGAAGUGGGUACAGCUCUCGAGCAAGCAGAAUAAGAGGAAGGCUGGGAGCUCGCUGCUCGUGCUUGGAACAGGCAGUGGGGAUGUGCUGACGCUCGAUGUCGCCGCAGGACAGUGGAAGUGGAGGCUCAGCGAUUGCCACCCAGGGGGCGUGACGGUGGUAGCAUACUCAAAGCAUGGGCGGAUUGUGUACACUGCAGGCACUGAUGGCAUGGUCUGUAAGAUUGAUGCCUCAGAUGGGUCUGUUUUAGGGAAAUUUAGAUCAUCUUCAAAAGCAAUAUCUGCACUAGCUGUGUCACCAGAUGGAAAGAUUUUAGCAACAGCAGCUGGCCAGUUGAGAACCUUUGGUACUUCUGACAACAAAAAGAUUCAAAAAUUCUCUGGGCACGCAGUUGCUGUGAGGAGCAUGAUUUUUAGCAAUGAUGGCCAGUAUGUUCUGUCAUCUGGCAUUGGAGAACGUUAUAUUGCCAUUUGGAAGUUGGGUGGUGGUAAAAGUCAAAGUUCAAGCUGUAUACUGUCGAUGGAGCACCCAGCAAUCUUCGUGGACUGUAAAUGUUUGGAUGAAGGAGAAAUACACAUUUUGGCUAUUUCUGAGAUCGGUAUCGGCUAUUUCUGGUCUGGGAAUAGUGUGGAUGACCUGCGUAAUAAGAAGCCUACCAAGAUUUCAUUAUCUGAGUCCUCUCUGUCAAGAGCUCAGCAGGCAUUCUCGAUAUUUGCCGCAAAACUUCAAGGAGUUGAUGGACCUAAUUCUGCUCAUGUUCUGCUGGCUUAUGGGUCUGUAGUGAAACCAUCUUUUGAUAAACUUCUGGUUUGUUAUGGUACGGAUAUUAAUUUGGGUAUAUCUCAAGAUGGAGUUCUCUUACCAAAUAUUCAAACCACCAUCCCAAAGAAAGGUCAAUCUGCGAAGAAGCAAGAAACUGUCACUGCUCUAGAUCGAGCCAAUGCAGAAGAUGCCAUCCUUCCUCUUGUUAAGCUCCAUACACAGGAAAAGAAAAGGAAACAUGGUGCAACAAAACCCAGUGGUGACAUUGAGCCUGCGGUUCAUAGUGACCUCACCACUACAAGAUCAAUUCAGAAAAGAGUUCCUGUGCAAAGAAUUGAAGAUGACAGCAUAUGCAUUGAAGACAUGAUGAGGAAGUGUUGUGUCAUUGAUACUAGAGUUGAUCGGAGCACGGAAGGCCAUGCUGGCAUUCCCACUAAUAUUUUAUCGGAUCUGUUUGGUAGUGGCAGCAUAAAAGUCGACGCUAAUUUACCCAGCAAAAAGAUCCGAGUGCAUCUAAGAUCAUUGAAACCUGGAGAUGCUUGCAAACUUCUGGAUAAAUUAGUAUCUGCAUGGAUAUCAAGAUCCGGUAGCACAGAGCUUGUUUUGCGGUGGAUAUACUGCCUAUUAGUCAUUCAUGGACGUUUUAUUUCCUCUGAGAAAUCGACAAAAGUGAUUAGCAACCUUGAGAAGAUGUGUGCAGAAAGAUACACAGCAGCUGAAAAUUUACUGAAGCUUUCUGGCCGGCUUCGGCUGAUAAUGGCCCAGGUCAACACGGUUGCAAAUAAUAUAUCUGAUCCGCCAUCAGAGGAGAUGCAAGAUGCUGCUGCUGUCGAUUCCGAUGAGGAGGAUGAAAUUGAUGAAACGGUGUUUGGUCAAGAUUCAGAUUUGUCGCAGAAUAGUGAUGAUGAUGAUGAAUAGAAACUCUACCGCUGGCAUUCAGCAUUCUUGUGAUGUAUUCUAGUUUUCAAGCUUGAUUUCCCGUAGUCAAGCUUGUAAAACUGGGCAACGCUAAAAGGUUGCACAGAAUUUUGACAAGAGCAGGUUGCAUUUGAAAGGCACUUUUAGUUCUGCUUCUAUUCCUUUACCUUUUUC